UGGGGUUUAGACAUCUACAAACUUUUUGGAAUAUUUUAACAAUGAGCCAAACUUCUUGGGGGGUUUUGUGAAAUUUACCAUUUUCUCCUGAUACGAGCUAAGCUGGAGAUAUUUGUCCUUCUCCUUCGUUUUCAUCGUAUCCAAAAUGAUGCAUUGUUCUCUUCUCCUCGUUCACAACGAUGGCGAUAACUGUCACCAUGCGUCCUCUCUUGUUCCCAUUGCCGCCAUUGGACAUAAUCCUGUAACAGAAAAGCUUGCACUUGCAGUGAACAGAGAGAGCAGAGCAAUUCUCAUGGACAUUGCUCAAGUUGAUUCAUUCUUUCUCUUUGGAAGCAUAAUAAUUGUCAUUGUUCUUGCAAUCCUGAUAGCGAUCUUAUGGAAAUGUAUCAAGCCAGAGAAGUUACAGAAGCUGUUAAAAUCCACCAAAACACCCCCAGGUAAACUUACGUUUUUCGAUUAAAAAAAAUAGAAGACCAAAAACUGUCUUAACUACUUGGACUACCGAACCCUGAAGAAAGCAACAAACAACUUCCACCACAAUAACCAACUUGGUAGGGGAGGGUUUGGGCCAGUCUACCAGGGAGUGUUAGAUAAUGGGACGAUGAUUGCGGUGAAGCAGCUGUCGCUUGGAAAGUCUCAGCAAGGGGAGUCGGAAUUUCUCACUGAAGUUAGAAUGAUAACCAGCAUCCAGCACAAAAAUCUCGUUCGUCUUGUCGGUUGCUGCUCUGACGGUGCACAAAGGCUACUUGUGUAUGAAUACAUGAAGAAUAAAAGCUUGGAGAGUAUACUGUACGGAAAUUGUGCAACUUUCCUCAACUGGAAGACUCGGUUUCAAAUCAUUCUUGGCAUAGCUCGGGGAUUACAGUACCUUCAUGAAGACUCAAAUUUAAGGAUUGUGCAUAGAGAUAUCAAACCUAGCAACAUCCUGCUUGAUGACAAAUUUCAACCUAAAAUUGGUGAUUUUGGGUUGGCAAGGUUCUUCCCAGAAGACCAGGCAUAUCUUGACACCACAUUUGCUGGAACGCUAGGCUAUACUGCACCAGAAUACGCUAUCAGAGGAGAGCUAUCAGAAAAGGCAGACAUAUACAGUUUCGGGGUUCUUGUGCUUGAGAUCGUUAGCUCGAGAAAGAACACAGACCUUUCGCUACCAGCUGAGAUGCAAUACCUCCCAGAAUAUGCAUGGAGAUUGUAUGAAAAAUCAAAGAUUAUCGAUUUGGUCGAUCCUAGACUGCAAGCUGAUGGAAUAGUGGAAGCUGAUGUGCUAAAAACCUGUCAAAUAGCUUUCCUUUGUCUCCAGCCGCUUCCUAGCACAAGGCCACCAAUGUCCGAGGUAGUUGCCAUGUUAAUGCAAAAACAAGAAGAUAUUCCAAAGAAACAAAAUGUUUUUAUACGAGAGUUUAUCUGA